AUGGGUUUUGUGUACGUACUCAGUGGAUGGGAGGGUUCGGCAUCUGAUUCACGAGUACUUCGCGAUGCAAUAACUCGUCGUAAUAGUUUUAAGAUACCCCACGGUAAUUACUAUUUAGUUGAUGCUGGCUACACAAAUGGUCCGGGGUUUCUUGCACCGUAUAGAGGGACUCGAUAUCAUGUAAGAGAGUGGGCCCAGGGAGCACGUGCACCGCGCAACUACCAAGAAUAUUUUAACCGGGUACACUCGUCUGCAAGGAAUAUCAUUGAGCGAUGCUUUGGUUUGCUGAAGAAGCGCUGGUCCAUCUUAAGGAGCCCUAGCUUUUAUCCCGUAAAGACGCAAUUUCAAAUAAUUAUUGCCUGUUGUUUGCUGCAAAAUUUCAUUCGAAAGAGUAUGGAAAUGGACCCGGAGGAGGAAGGUAGCAUUUUGGAUGAAUUUACGCCCGAUGGAGACGAGGAACAGCAUGGAAUGAUCGAUGUGGUCGAAAACACGAACGAGUGGAGUCACUGGCGUGACAACAUAGCACAUGAGAUGUAUGAAGAGUGGCGUGCAAGUCGUACGGAGUAG